CUUCCCCCACCAAAACAGAAAGAGACAGAGUUAUAUAUGUAAAGAGAGAGAGAGAGAGAGAGAGGGUGAAUUACGAGCGAGCAUCCUUCGAAAUCAAGCGUUCGCGAAGAGGGUAGGGUUUCAGACGUCUCGGAUCACUUCCAUCCGCCCGACUCCAUUUGCACGUUAAUAGUGGUAUCCUAUGAACUGAGGAAAUGAAGACAGGAACAUCUUCCUUGAAUCCAUAUGCUGCUUCUUACGUACCACUUUCAAAAAGAAGCACAAUUGGUGAAAAUAAAGUUUAUAGUACUGGUAAUGCAGCAAUCGGGUUUGGACCUCACUCUGAAAAUGCCAUACAGAACCAGAUGAAUACCCUGAAGGGAAGCACUUUCCAUGAUUCUUAUGGUUCAUCAUCUCAAAGUCCAAAAGAGGAUGCAGCGAAACAGGCCAUGGAUGAUGAUUUUGACAUGGAUUUGGCAUAUCUUCAGAUGACAUUUCCUGGUAUAUCUGAAGAAUCCCUUUCAGAUGUCUAUUUGGCAAAUAAGAGAGAUUUGGAAGCCUCAAUUGACAUGUUGAGCCAACUUGAGAUAUAUCCAGGUGAUACUUCCGAGAAUCUUCCAGAGACCCUGGACAUCGGUGACGUGUCGGAAUGAACUUCUGGUGAAUGUGCAUCUCUGAAACUGAAAAAGGUGGCUGGCGAAGAUACUGGUUCGGGAUCGAGUUCCUCAGAAGCCGCAGUUGUUACCUAAUGGGAUCUGCCAAAAAUAAUACUUCUUGAUCGGCCCUGUCAAUUCUGUGGAUAUGGGGUGUGAAGUUGGUUUUUUUUUUUUCUUUUUGGGGGGUAAAAUUCCCAAAUGCUUGAAUCAGGAUAUAUACAGCUUAUAUAGUACUUGGUUGUAUAGUUAGAUGUUUGCCGUUAUAAUCUCUCAGGUACUGGCGGCGAGAGAGUUCUUGCUGGAUAGGCAAACUGCCCGAAAGCUGUUGCUGGUUGUAGUUUUUGUAACCCACCCCACCCCUCCCCCCCGGCCAUGGAUGGUUUCGAAACAUCAUACUGAUUUUUACCCAAUCAACUUCGGAGAUAGCGUAGCUUCGUUAUUCAA